AUGAAUACUAAAUGUGAUGCUGCUCUUCAUAUAAUUCAAUUAUUAUAGGAUAAGUGCAAAUAAUAGAUAAAUAUCAUUCUCUUAAUACCAGAAGGAAUUGUAUCCUUUUUGAUUGGCUCCAAAGGAUCCUAGCUUGCCAAAAUUAUAGAAGAAACUAAUGCCAAAAUCACAGUAAAUCAACCCAUAGUCAAUUACUCUCCUAGAACUGUUAAAAUUGUUGGUGAUCAUAGCACAAUCCAUUCUGCUAUUAGGGCAAUAACCAAGAAGAUGUAAGAGCGAGGAAUAUCAUCUGAAGAUUACAAGAAGGUUCCUGAAACAUUGAAUCCAUAGAAAGUGAGUGUCAAAACGAAACUCAUUUUUAUAUCCUCUGUUGUUGAAUACAUAAUGAAAAACAAAAAUGAAAUCGAGAAUAAAUAUGAUGUCGAAAUCAAAAUUAAAGAAAGCAAUGACAUUAGACUCACUCAAAAGUGUAAAUUAAAAAGAGAUGAUAAAAUCAUUUAAUUGUUAGGUUCUUUAUCCAAUGUUUAAGAUGCUUUGUCAUCACUUAUCAGAAGAGUCUCAGAACAUUUAAAAAAAUAAGAAUUAGAAAUCAAAAUUGUUAUGCCAGCUAGUUAUGCAUCCAAAUUAAUUGGAGCAAAGGGCUGUUAAAUUAGGGAAUUGGCUACGAAAUCAAAAGGAGCAUAAAUCAAGGUCUUAUCUGAUAAAGAUGAAACUGAUCAUGAUUAUUAUUGCAUUGUGUAAAUAGCAGGAAAUCUAUAAAACAAACAAGAUGCCAGCAAAUUGAUUCUUUAAUAAAUAGAAUGUUUCAAGAAUGGAGGACCAAUCAUGGACAGUGGGAAAUUUCUAAAUGAGGAUAAUCUAAAUUAAACAUCUUAAUUAUAGAACAAUUAUGAAGAUCAUAAAAUUAAGAGAUAAAAAUCCAGCUCUUAAUCUGAAAGAAAUUCACGUUCAAGAUCGUAAUCUAGAAGAAAACAUAAACAUCAAAGGAAAAGAUCUGUUGAAAGAAGAUCGGCAUCAUCAAGCUAUUCUAAAAGAAGAGAAAGAGCGAAUGUCUUAUCUACAAAAAUGAUUGUUUCUAAUGAAGUAAUGCAUAUUUUAGAAAAAUAUCAUAAAUUAAGUGAAUAUAAAGAGAGAUAUAAUGUAGACAUAUAAGCUGACGACUCGAGAAGAAAUUCUGAAUCUUACUUGAGAUUAAAAGGCAAAUUAAAAGAUUGUUUAAUUGUUAUUGAAGAAAUUUUGAAUGAGCAACAAAAAAUCCUAAGAAAAUGA